UUCGAUCGAAGAGCGAACAUCUGCAAAGGAUUUAUUUGUAAUCUAAUCUAGGAUCGGGAAAGAAUAAGCACUCAGUUCAUCACACUGUUGCCUUUUAAAUUUCACGGAAUAUUUAAGUGUUCUCAGCUCUGGGAAUGCAGCGGCCUCCGGUACCCAUCGCACCCAGCGCGAAUCCUUCCGCGACGCCUGUCGUCCCCGCCACAGCCACAACUGGACCCACACUCAACGGGACAUUUCUGCCAUCAACCUCGGCCAUCAGGCCACCGCUGCCGCCUCCCCCUGAUCCGGGAAUCGAUAUGGUACUGAAUCACAUCCAGGACAUUCGCAGCAACAUUUCGGGUCUUCUCCUGCACAUCGAAACCCAGACGGAUUACUUGUCUUGGCCGAGCAUCAUGGACCGAUUCAGUCUGAUCUCCAGUCAGAUGGCUAAUCUGGCCAAAACGAUGAAGAAUGAGAAGAGUCCUGAUCUGCGUAAAGCUGUCGUGGUUCCUAAUUUCGUCACACAAGAGUCCGAUGCAAAUGUUGAAAAAUUGACGGAGGGCAGAAUAACCAGUGUAAAUCAUGAGAAUGUUCCGACGUACCUCCGAACGCGGCUCGAUCCUGGAUUGGAGGAGCGUUUUGAUUUGGCCUUCAACAAAGUUCCUCCCGGAAAUACGGAGAUUGCUCAAAAGGCUGACAAGCAGAUACAGCAGCUGAACAAAAUUGUGUCUUCCUUGAUUGAUCACGUGGAGCAAAAUAGAGCGGAAGAGACGAAAACAGCCGGGAAGUCCGCCAUGCCAGUGACGUACAAUUCGGAAGAUACGCGCACUAUUUUUGCCUCUGCUUUCACGGGGAAAGGGUUGUCCGCGAUUUCCAGUUUUGGUGGUACAGGACGAACACAGCAGCAGGGACCGACGACAGGACCUGGAUCGAAAGCGGUGGGACAGUCGUAAUCCAGAGAAGGUGUCUUAUUCGAUGAUCUCAUCGCUUUAUUUAAAUGGGGCUCUGUGGAUGGGUAGGUUCGCAACAGUGAACAUGCAGAGUUUCAAUUUGUAGUGACACACAUCAUUUUGCACCGUUCUGUGCGGAGUACAUAAACCCGUUUUGUUUUGGAUGAAUACACAAUCAUGUUUUGUUUUGGACCUGCAGUACCAGUGUGUUGCUGGUAAAACGUCGCCUCAGACUUUACUUACACAUUUCAUGCAUUUUCGACAAGAAUUAAAGUAAGCAUCAGGAGAGAAGUAUAUUUUAAUUCUACGGUGGAUAGUGGAUACUCAGGCCCCGGCAGAAUGUACUUGUGUGCAUUGUAGAACGCUGU